AUGGCCGCGAGGAAACUGCAGCAGGAAGUCGACAAGUGCUUCAAAAAGGUCGCCGAGGGUAUGGCCGAUUUCGAUGCGAUUUACGAGAAGAUAGAGCAAUCCACAAAUCCAGCGCAAAAGGAGAAACUCGAAGACCAGCUCAAGCGGGAAAUAAAAAAACUGCAGCGGUUACGGGACCAGAUCAAGACAUGGGCCACAGGCAACGACAUCAAGGACAAGGCCCCGCUGCUCGAGCAGAGGAAACUCAUUGAGACGAAAAUGGAGUCCUUCAAGGCCGUGGAAAAGGCAAUGAAGACGAAAGCCUACUCUAAGGAAGGUCUCUCCGCUCAACAAAAGCUCGAUCCCAAAGAACAAGCCAAGCUGGACACCAGCGAAUGGCUCGCCGGCCAGGUCGAGGAUCUGGAACAACAGAUCGAAACCCUCGAGGCCGAAAGCGAAGGCAUCCAGGCUACCCUCAAGAAGGGCAAGAAUCAAAGGGAGAAGCAAGAGCGAGUGGCUACCCUCGACCAUCAUAUCGAGAGGCACCGAUGGCAUAUAGGCAAGCUUGAGCUCAUGAGGCGGUCCCUCGAAAACGGCGGUCUCGAGGUCGAAGAUAUCGACAACAUCAAGGACUCGAUCGAGUACUACGUCAAGGACAACCAAGGCGACGACUUCAUGGAAGACGAAGAGAUGUACGAUGAGCUCGGUCUACAGGACGAGGAGGAGGUCUACGGCAUGGGCCACGAAGGCGACAAGGGAUCCUCACAAGAGACCCAGUCUGUGCAAGACGACACUCCAGAAACAGAAUCGAGAUCCGGAAGCAUACCAGGCAAGUCGAAACAACCCGUCGAACCGGCCGCAGCAGUAGGACGAAGACCCUCUACGCAACUCAAGUCUCCGUUACCGACACUGGCUACUCUACAUAAUCCGCUGUCCAAUACAACCAACGGCAGCGCGGCGAGCACACCUGGUAUGAAGCCAGCGUCCGUACCGCCGCGGCCCGAAGGGCUCAAGUACGCAUCGGCGGCGGCAGCAGCGGCAGAGAAGAACGCGUUGGGUAUAGCACCCUUGCCCCCGCCACAAGGUGCUCUGCCUGUGACGGCGUCUGUCGGUAUUUCACCAUUGCCACCGGCUGCACAAACGGCCAAGACGAGUGCGACAAGUUCCCCGAGUACCACAUCGAUACAGCCCGCACCUUCAGAUCCGAAGCCCGGGCCCGUGGCUCCUCUCGAGCCAAAGACACAAGAACCCACACCCAGCGCUACACCCGCACCCAUAUCGAAGAAGGCAGACAAGGCUGCUGCGAAGGCGGCAGCCAAGGCCACUGCAGCAGCAGAGGCCGCCGAGUCUUCCAGAUCAUCUCAAACCAAUGGUGUCUCCAAUGGGGUCAAGUCCACCCCCGUCGAGGAAGACAAAGAAGAGGAUUGUGUUUACCACCUCCCCGCAUCUUUGUCAGAUCUGGUUGAUUCUUUUGAGAUUACCAAGAAGCGCGCGCUGCCGGUCAAUGCACCCUCACAGAUCAGGAUGAUGCAAGUGUCGCAAGCCAGCACGCCAGAUGUUGGUGACGCCGAGGCACCCAGGAAAUACAAGCCCGAUCAAAGGUAUCCCUCCCAGGCUCAAUAUCCUCAGGAGCCCCUACCUAUCUUUGAUGACCCUCGGUUGUAUGGUAGAAUCGACCCAGAUACUCUGUUUUAUGUCUUCUACUACAAGCAAGGUACAUACCAGCAAUACCUAGCCGCCAAGGCGUUGAAGGACCAGAGCUGGAGAUUCCAUAAGCAGUACCAGACCUGGUUCCAAAGACACGAAGAGCCCAAGUCGAUCACGGAGGAGUUUGAACAAGGCACCUACCGUUUCUUCGACUACGAAUCCACCUGGAUGAACAGGAGGAAGGCAGACUUCAAGUUUGCCUACCGGUUCCUCGAGGACGAGGUAUAA